AGUCAGUUCAUUGGCAAUCAGGGGUCCGUCGCCUGUUGCACUGGCAAACGAGCAGCCAAUGGCAAUCACAGUAAUCCCUGUGACGUCACGACUGUCUGCCAACAUUACAACCCAAUCGUUCGUCUUCUCGUGCACCCCAUACCUGUACGCAUACAGAGCAAUCAGUGCAUUAUCGGUAUGCACGUCUCCCUCAGUCUCGUCAGUUCUCCGUCUGGCCUCGCAUGAGUGCGCUCACGGAUUUUGUUUUCGGUACUCGGACCGGGGGAAGCGCCCGUGUCUCCACGAAGUAUCUCCUCGUCUCAUUCGUCCCGGUCGCCGGUGUGCUGUGGAUCGCUCGGCGUAAUUGCCUGCUUCCUUUUUUGUCGCACAAACUGCAGACGGAGAUUUGUGUUACUUCGCUAAUGAUGGCCAACAACCCUCCGGCGAGUGUUGCUGUCUGAUUGGUGCACCUGCAUCCAUGAAUGCGCGCACGGGUGUGAUGGUCGCCUUUACAUAAGAAGGGACUGUACUUUUUUGCUGACCAUUUGUUGUUCUAAGGGGCGUGGCUACUCAAUACAGGAGGUCUAGCUGAUGCUUCCUGGACGUCACAUGGUCUAAACCGCCUCUGGCCUUGGCAGUCAUCAACUAUGUCACCAUGAGACUAACUGGUCUUCUCCUCGUUGUCUUCCUACUCUCCCUCUUCCUGGUAACGGACGCAAGGCUGCGCUUCAAGGACGAGACGACGUCCUGCGAGAACGAGGCUGACUUUGAGUGCGAGCCCGGCGUCUGCAUCAACGCCACCCUCAAGUGUAACUCAGCCUACGACUGCGAGUCCUUGGCGGACGAGUCAGUCCUGCUGUGUGGAUGCCCGUCGGGUGAGUUUAGGUGCCAGAAUUCCUGUAUCCCGCUUCAGCAGCGUUGUGACGGGGAGUGCAACUGUGCUGUGAACUGUGCCGACGAAGAGAAUUGUAACAGCUUCCAUUGCCUACCUGGUUUCCAGAAAUGCAAGAAUGGUCUGUGCCAUCCAACCUAUGUGUGGUGCGACUUCUACAAUGACUGCGGGGACAUGUCUGAUGAGGCUAACUGCGAAAGGCCUGACUGUUGGUUUACGGAGUAUCAAUGUGACAACAAGCAGUGCAUCAAUUCUUUUUUCGUGUGUGACGGCAUAGAGGACUGUGCAGAUGGUUCUGAUGAGGGGAACUCUACUUGCUCCGAAGACAAAUUUGCGGACUGCGGGGACGGCACUCGCGUCCAUAAACACAACUUCUGCGAUGGCAUGGCCGACUGCCCGCUCAAUGAGGCCGACGAGUCCAACUGUCAGUGUAAAGCGAAGGCCGAAUUCCAAUGCAACAACUCCAAGUGCCUUCCACGGGCCAAGAAGUGCGAUAGGCGCUGUGACUGUCUGGACUGUGAGGACGAGGAUGGCUGCGAAAAUAAAGACAACUGCGACACGGACGAUCACUUCUUCUGCCCAAUGAUCAAAGAGUGGGAACACAUGCUGCCCGUGUGCCUCCGGAAAGAGUUCAUCUGCGAUGGUUACGGGGACUGUGACAAGACCGAGGCGGACGAAUUGUGUUUUGACGGAGAAGGUCCUCCCGACUGCAGUGCAAAAGGACUGAUCGGUUGCGGUGCAGGGGAUCCACGGUGCCUGCCGCCGUUCACGAAAUGUGACAAGACAUUGCACUGCCUGGGGGGCUUCGACGAAAAACAAAACUGCUCGGCGCCCUCACCAUGCCAACCCGGACAGUUCCGGUGCCGGAGAGGGGGCAGGUGCUUCAACGAAACCAUACGAUGUGACACUUACACCGACUGCUUUGAUGGCUCGGACGAAGAAGACUGUGAGUCGUUCGUGUGCCCAGCUGAUACAUGGAAAUGCGCUGCCGGUCACUGCAUACCGUACAGCUUCCUCUGUGACUUUCGCCUGGACUGCUAUUAUCACAAGAACGGCACUAAGGACAUAUCGGACGAAACCAGCUGCAGCACGUCCCAUUACAUUCGGCCUAGCUCCACCGAGAGAGGGCGCUCCGUGGGAUUCGUCAAAGUUGGAGACAGGUCGUGCGAAGAGGAUGAGUGGCAAUGCCGAAGUGGCCAGUGCAUUGAGGCCUGGCGGCGCUGUUUCGCCCACAGUGACGAUGAAUUCGGGGGCUGCGCGGACAAAUCUCACCUCCGGAACUGCAGUGACUUCGUGUGUCCAGAUGGUUCUUUUAAAUGUGCCCGAUCACAUUGCAUUGAAUCGUCGCAGGUGUGCGACCGUAAAAUUAACUGCAUAGAAUCCUGGGACGAUGAAACUCAAGACUUGAACGAUUGCACGCAGGAGUGUUCCUCAUCUGGAUGUAACUGCUCACACUUUGACAUGCAUUGCUCUAAUCUCGGUCUACACGGGUCAACAUUUAAUAUCAAUGCUCAAGAUACGCGCUUAAUCAAACAUUUCUAUUUGGAAGGAAAUAGUAUGGGCUAUCUUUUGGAAGACGGAAAUGCUUUGAGUGGUUUGACAAGGAUGAUACUCCUGUAAGCCAAUAAAUUGUUUAUGAAAGCUUUGUUUAUUAAAAAAUAUGUUGUUUUUUAGUAGCUGUUCUGUUAGCUUUUGUUAAUUAUAAAUUCCAAUAUUACUGG